UAUAUUUCACAGGGAGGAAAGUAAAGAAGAAAAGAAAAAGACCCCAAACUUGGACUUCAAAAACUCGUUUCUUCAUGUAACCAAAUUAAAUAAGUAUUUAAAAUCAAAUUUAUUCCAUCAAUAACAUUUUACAAAAAAUUGUUUUGUAAUUCCCGAGCUACAUGAAUGCAACAUUGAGGUUAGCUAGUGGCUAACACCACAAUGGACAAAGGUCCUUGUUCGUGCUCUCCUGCCACCCUGGAGGAAAACGGACUUGCAGCCUGUGACAGUUCUUACACAGACGAUGAGUUAGUGGAUGCUUUCGGAGACCUGGCUGCCCUCCCGGUUGAAGUUGAGGAGCGAAGGCCGACCUGUUUGCGCUGCCGUCGCCCUCAGAAGGUGUGUCUCUGUCCCUUUCUCCCGCAACAACCACUGGAGGUGUCCACAUGUCUGUACGUGGUGCAGCAUCCUGCAGAGGAAAGCCGAGUACUUCGGACCGUGCCUCUUCUUGCUGCUUGUUUGCCACAUGGAAAAUGCAACGUUAUAGUAGGAAGGAGGUUUAAUGAGGACAAGCAUCCAGAGCUAGCUGCUGUGUGUCGGGAUGACAGAACACUCAUCCUGUACCCCGGACCAAAAUCCCAGAACCUGGAGGAGUUAGUGGAACGGCAGGAGGUUGCCACCGUGAAACACAAUGUGAUCAUUAUAGACGGCACAUGGAGCCAGGCUAAAAAUAUGUUCCUGAAAAACAGCCUGUUACACCUGCCAAAACAGGUCCAGCUUAACAGGACGCUGUCCAGCCAGUAUGUGAUCCGGACACAGCCCUCCAACAUCUGUCUGUCUACGCUGGAAUGUGCUGCUGUGGCUUUGUCAAUCCUGGAGAAGAAUGAUGAGAUCCAAGAGAUAUUGCUGAGGCCUCUAAAAGCCCUGUGCUCCUUCCAGCUGGAGCACGGCGCUCAGAUCCAUCACAGCAAAGAGCAUCUCCUUAGGAACGGCAUGUACGACAAGCCCAUGCCGAAAAACAAACGCAAGAUAAAAAGGAUGGAGAAACUCAUGACUGACCACAGCAUCUGUCCAAGAUGAGGACAGAUUGAUGACCGAGCAUAGAAAAGGAUCUCAGAAUGUCUUUGCACACAGUUUGUUUAACAAUGUAGGACUUCAUCAACUGGGUACAGGCCUGCAAAUAGCUGGACUUAUGUUUCAUUUGUUUUUUGUUUAAGAUACUUGUUUUAUGUUGGUGAAUUUAAUUUAUAUACUUGUCGUUAAUUUUAAAUAAAUGACUUAAGGUCUACUUAAAUUAACAUGUUUUACAGAAAAUCAGGUUUAUUAGGUUUUCUUUUUUUCCAGAAAUUGUUUAACUAUUGCCACUCUAAAAUAUUAUUUAAAACUAAUCAAGUAAUGAUGUGUUACUUUUGAUAGUCUCUCCUCUAUAAGGGCUGAUUCAUUUAAUGUAUGUGCUAAACAAAGUCUUAAAGAAAUAAUUGUAUUUAAAUACAACAAUUACCAAAGCUGUACAUAUAUUUGUCAUCUUUUUUUAGUGGUCAGUUUACUGAGUGAAGAUGUAAAUAGAUCAUUUGUAAAUAAACCCUGUUUGACCUUAAAAA